CAGUAAAGAUGAAAAAGAGGGUGGUGCUCGACUUACAGGCAAGCCGUUGUCAAGACAACAUCACAAAGAUUACAGACUUAGAAACAGACAUAAGGAGGAUGACCUUGACAUUCUGCCGAUUGGCCGUCUGGCACGUGACAGUGCUAUAUUUAGAAAGGAAGGAGACAGUGGUGUUAUACCUAGAAACAUUGUCAUGGAACUGCCUGACCAUGCCCCAGUUCUGUGUGAACCUCUCGAGGAUAUCCAUGGUUACGAAGGAUCUCGUGUUGAGAUGUCCUGCAAGUUCACUGGCAAACCAUUGCCAAACAUUCUCUGGACAAAGGAUGGAACAGAUCUUGAAGACUCUGCUAAAUACACGCUGAAAUAUUCCGACAACGUAGCAUCUCUGUUUAUCAACUACCUGGAACCUGACGAUGCUGGUAGAAUCACAUGUAAAGCUUCCAAUGCAUUCGGAUCAGUAAAAACAAGUGCCGACCUAACAAUAGAAGGUAUCCGACAUCGUAGAAAACGUCGUGAAGAAGCAGAAGAAGCUUUGAAAAAGAAAAAGUACCCUAAACAUGAGUAUGACACUAGCAUACAAGAUUUGAAUGUUCCUCCUCAGUUCUUACUUCCAUUGGUUGAUCAGACAAGAAAGUUGGGAGACUCUGUCGAGUUUACUGUCACAGUCACCACAAGACCAGAACCAAGUGUUGAUUGGUACUGCAAUGGUGAGAAGGUUGUUGAAGGUAGCAACUACAGGUUUGAGCACUCCAAGGGCGUAUACCACCUUGUGAUCCUUAGUGUACAAAAGGAACACCAUGGUCAGUGGCGCUGUGUGGCCAUCAACUCGUAUGGACAGUCAUCAUGUUACUGUGACUUCAAGGUCAUAGAAACUGUACCAGAUAACAGCAAGGCUCCUAAGUUUACACGCACACUUGAAGACAUUACAAUACACGAGGGCACUGAGGCUAGACUUGAAUGCAAAGUCGAGGGCUACCCAGCAUGCAAUAUUGAAUGGUACAAAGAGAGAAGGUUGAUCCAUCCUGGCCGACACUUUUCCUUUACAUACGAGAACAAUGUUUGUAUCCUGAGAAUACGAGAAGUGUUUGAGAAUGAUGAGGGAUAUUACAUGUGCAAAGCUGAAAACAAGGCCGGUUCAGCUACUACUGAAGCAAAGGUCAAAGUUCAAGCCGCUGUACCAGAAGAGAAGCCCAUCUUCCCAGGCGAUGCUGGGCGUGGGAUGUUUGCUGCCCCAGGUGAUCUUCCAGAUUACGCUCUCAAAUUCAGUAAAGCCCCAGAUUUCACUGCCAAGUUACAGGAUCGUAAUGUAUUGGAAGGAAGCAAGAUCAGAUUAAUGUGUUCCAUUACAGGAGUACCGAACCCUAAGAUUACAUGGUAUAAGGACAAUGUAGAAAUAUUCACUGGAGAUCGUUACCUAAUCACUAACAACUUUGGUCUACUAGGACUCGAGGUUCUAUCAGCUUCUUUGAAGGACGUUGGUCGUUACACAUGUAAAGCAGUCAAUGCUGUUGGCGAGGCAGAAUGUAGUGCCACUGUCAAAGUUGAAGGCAAGAGGUCACCCUCACCAAAACGAAAGGAGAUAACUCAGCGACCUUGGUUUGUUAGAAUGCCUCGUGAUGUAACAGUCAAUGAAGGACAAGAUGCUACAUUUACAUGUAAAGUUGGCGGCAAACCUGAACCUACCAUUAAAUGGCAAAAGGACUUGUUUGAUAUCACAGAUGGUAGACGAUUUGAUAUCAAUAUUAGCAGUGACGGAGAGGUGGAACUAACCAUUAGAAAAGUGACAUCUAGUGACGAGGGACUUUACUAUUGCCUUGCACAGAGCAGCGCUGGUCGCAGCAAGUGCUCCGCUGCUCUCAGAGUUAUUGCCAGAACAAAGACCCCACCAAAACCAAGACCUUCAAUCUAUGAAGAAAUGGCAGCCGAGAAAGCCCGCGCAUCACAAGAAGCACGUAGAGCUUUACCAGGUGACCUUCCAAAAUUCAAGGUCAAACUUCCCAAGGUCAUUGAGCUUGAGGAGGGUGAUAGAUUGAGGUUAGAAGUACGGGCUGACGGAACACCAAAUCCACUUGUAACAUGGCAUAGAGGAUUAUGUACAUUUCUAUUUUUAGUAACAUGGCAUAGAGGAUUAAGAGACCUGUCACAUGACAUGAGAUGUAGGAUCUCGUCCUAUCAGCACACAGACAUCAUGGAAAUACGUGAAGUCAUGGUAACAGACUCCGGAGAAUAUGUUGCCAGGGCAACCAACUCGCACGGUUCAGUGGACACAAUCUGUAUUGUGAAAGUUAAGAGGAGAAGUCCACGAAGAGAUGAUGAUGAUCUUGCUGCCUUACAAACAGCUGGAGCUGAGGCUGGAGGUCCUGAGGAAGGAUUUGCUCCAUUCUUCAUGAAGCCAUUACCACCCUCUAUUGACGUCAUGGAAGGAUUCAACAUUCAGAUGGACUGUAUUAUUGAAUCAAGUAUUGAAAUGGUUCAACAUAAAAGCUCAAACAUUCGUGACAUGCAACGAGAAUUCUCAAGUCGCGGAUUUGAAGGCCGUUAUUUCAAAAUGGAGUCCACAGAACUGCCGAUGGGUCGCAGAGGUCAGAGAGAGGUUCAAAUGGAAGCCCCAGACUUCGUAACUAGACCGCAAGAUGUGGAAGUUGAGCUUGGCGGAAGUGCCGAGUUUACUUGCGAAGUCUCCGGAAAACCUGAUCCAGAAGUAUUAUGGUUGAAAAAUGGCCGACCUGUCCAGGAAUCCUCGAACAUCAGACUCACAUCAGAUGGUAAUAGAUAUAGGUUGAGAAUUCGCUCUGUUACUGAGAGCGAUGCCGGAAACUACAUCUGCACGGCCUCUUCUGAUGCCGGUAUGAAAUCUUGCCAAGCCACAUUGAAAAUAAAAGCUGCCUCUGAAGCAGACACAGCAAAAUUUGUCCUUGAACUUGACCCAGAGGUCAAUGUCAAAUCAGGAGCCUCUACCAAGAUCAAAUGUCAAGUCAGUGGAGAGGUCAAAUCAGUAGAGUGGAAGAAAAAUGGAGAAAAGAUUGAAGACUCAGACAAAGUGAAGAUGAGCCAGGAAACAGAUGGCACUCUGACCAUUGACCUAUUCAAUCUUAAACCAGCAGAUUCUGGAGAAUAUUCAUGUUCUGUUUCCAUGGUAUCUGGAGAGAACUUGACAACAAAGGGAAAGAUAAUUGUCAAUGAUUCAAAUGGAGAGAAAAAUGGUGCGCCAGUUUUCACAAAACCCCUAAAGGACCUUAACGUCCAUGAUGGAGAUAAGGUGACCCUCGAAUGUGAAGUAACUGGCACCCCACGUCCUCAGAUCUCCUGGUUUAAAGGCAACAAAGAAGUUCUAGAUUCCCAGGAUUUUCAAAUCACAUCAAUUGGUAACAAAUGCUGUUUAGAGUUUCUGGACAUUUUCCCUGAAGAUGAAGGCCGUUACUUCUGUAAGGCGAGUAACUCAGCAGGGGAGGCAACUACAUCCUGUGUCCUGAUGGUAGAUGAUGAUCUGUCAUUCACACUUGAUUCGUCCAUUGGUUCUUCCUACUCUUCUCUCUAUCCCGUCCCGCGUGGUGGAAGUAGAAGCAGAAGUAUAGAUGAAGGUUCUGGAUCUGUUGAAUUCCAUGUGGACCCAAAUACAAAGAAGUUGGUUAACUCUGUUCUAAGUGCCCAAGAGAAAGAAAAAUCUCCCGAGUUUGUCUCGAAACCCAAACGUCAGUUUGUCAAUGAAGGCGAGACUGCCAAGUUCAAGGUCCAGAUUGAAGGAUCAUCGUUACUCACCUGGAGCCUAAAUGGAAAAACUUUGACCAAUGGUGACAAAUACAAGAUCUACACUGAAAAAGAUGUCCAUAUUCUUGAAGUGUCUAAAGUGUCACAAGAUGACCAGGGCUCCUAUGAUUGUAAGAUUGAGAACACAGCAGGGGCUGCAACUGCUUCUGCUGAGCUGGAAGUUUUUGUGCGGCCAAAAUCUAAGACAGGUAAAUCAUCAAUGUUUGUUUCCCCGACGGUGGACAUCCCCUUAGAAGACACAGAGUUUGCCGACAAGGAGAAAAAUGCUACCCUUAUUUGCAAGUUUCACAAUGGAAUUGAUGGAACAGCCAAGUGGUACAAAGAUGGCCGUGAAAUAAACAAUUGGCAAGCCAAGUCAACUUUUGACGGACGUACUGCCAAACUUGUUCUUAAAGAAGCCACAAAACGUAACUGUGGAGUUUACGAGUGUAUUGUAACAAAUAGUGGCGGAGAAGCCAAAACAAAAGCUCUUGUGUCAUUACUAGACCCAAGCGUGAAACCCACAGCUCCAAAGUUUACUCUGACCCUGAAUGACCAAGCCAUAGAGACCGGAGAGAAACUUGUACUUGAGACUCAAGUCACAGGGACACCAAGACCAUCUCUCAAGUGGUACAAAGACAACAAAGAACUGGGUUCCUCUCAAGACAUCCGUAUGGAAUUUAAGGAGGGCAAAGGUCGACUCAUUAUAGAUAACCUUGACCUUACAGAAGGGUCAAAGUUCAGCUGUGUUGCUAAAAAUAUAGCAGGAGAGGACCAAACCAUGGCAUCUGUCAAUUUUUCAGGAUCGGCUGAAGCUAGAGAACCCCCCAUAUUUACAAAGGAAUUACAAGACAUGGAAGUUUCUGACGGGGACAGGGUCGAAAUGAGCGUGGAGGUCAAAGGUACCCCACCCAUAGAUAUAGUGUGGGUUCAUAAUAAUCGUGAAAUCCCACCCCUAGAUCCAGUAUGCCGCAUGAUAACAAAAGGAAACACGCACAUGCUCGUUAUACCAGAAGUAUUUCCGGAAGAUGCCGGAGAAUAUGUUUGUGAAGCGUAUAAUGAUUACGGUGACACGGACACAUUUUGUCGUCUAAAUGUGCAUGAAGAAAGAGACGCGGUCCAGAACAUAUCGCAGAAAGCACCGGAAUUUAUCGUAGCUCCGAGGAAUGUACAUGUUGAAGAAGGAGCUAAUAUUACAUUAAGCUGUCACGUCAAUGGAAAUCCUCCCCCAUCUGUUCAAUGGUCACGAGGUCGACAGAUACUGAGACACGGAACAAAGUACAAGAUCAGUAGCAUUGGAGAAGAACAUUUUCUGGACAUCAGCUCUGCUAACGUAGAAGAUAUUGGACCGUACACAUGUACACUGUGUAACCCUACUGGAACAAUCAGCGCUAACUGUCACAUUUCCGUCGGUGACGUUCCCACUCAACCAACUCAACAUAGUCAAAGGUCUCAUAAAAUUAGGAUACACAGAGACCAUUCAUCAAAAUAUAACGGGACUGAAUCCGAGAGUUCCGAUGUAUCGUCACUAGAUAGUGAACAUUUUCAAGCACAUUUGGCUGUUAAAGCUAAAACUGUACCUAUUCAUCGUACACAGUUAAAUUUUCAAACAAAUGGUGAACAGUUCAAUAUUGAACAGUCUAAUUUUACAAAAAGUGAAGUGUUCCAUGGUACACAGUCUGCUUUAAAAAGAAACAGUGAACCAUUCCAUGUUGAACAGUCAGUGAAUGAAACUGUACUGGAAAGGCAAGUCAGUGCGCCAGUCAAAAGAAAUCCAGUAGAGGUAAAUAUAGUGAACACAAGUUCAAAUGAAAUUAACUCAAACUCAUGCAGAGAAAAACCAUUAAAAAGGUUUGAAAAUAGAGAGACAAAUAUUGCCAGUAAAUUUAUCCAGUCAGUAAAUGUUAAGCAAUCAAAUGGUUCUCAGUUUAGUUUACCUAUUCCAAAAAGUCCAGAAAAACGUAGAGAACCAGUCAUUGAAAAGAAAGGGGGAGUCAGUCAAGUUGAUUUCCGUGGAGUACUGAAACAGUCAACUAAAGAUUCCAGUAUUAGAGACAUUAAUGGACAGUCUAGAAAGCAUGUGAAUGACACAGUUGAAAAGAAAAAUCCUGAAUCAGGCAAUCUUCAACAAAAACUGUCUCGAACGCGACAACUUUUUGAAAAGGAUUUAAGCACAUCAGUGCCAAAAUCUCAUCAUUCAGUGAAAACACCAGAAAGUGUCAGUAAAGGACUAAAGGUGAAUCAAGCCUUGAAAAAAUUUGAAGAAAACACAGCAGGUGUACAGUCAGAUUAUAGAAAUAUACUAAAACCAAGAAAAGAUCAUACUGAAGUGCAUUUAGCAGACAAAACUAAAAUUAUAGAGAAACCAACUGAACAAUCAGUUUCACAAUUAGAUUUCAGAAAUGUUCUUAAGAAGAAAACUGAAACAAAAUCUGUUCCUGAAAGUAAUGAAUACAGAAAAGUGAAAUCAGAAUUCAGAACAGAUCAUUUGAGUGAUAGUAGUUUUGAAAAGAAAAGCCUUCAGAAACAGCGGGCUGAAUUAGUUGUCAAUGUAAGAAAAAAAAGUAUCGAUAAAAUUGUUACUACACCAAAACAGAAGAAAGAAUUUGAAAUACCAACUCCAAAACAGAAAAAGGCAUUUGAUUUACCUGUUAGACCUUCUCAGGAUAUACAUGCUAAAAAGGAUUUAAAAGGAUCACAUAAAUCUGAAGUGGAAUUACCAGUAGUGAAACCAAAAACUGUAAAAUCUGAACCUCAACUUGUUGAGUUCAGAAGUGUUCUUACUAGACCAGAAAGACAAAAUUCUAAAGAAUCUGUUGGUGACAUUAUAAAACCAGUUGCCAGGAGACUGUCACAGUCUAAACCAUUGGCAAUGGAUAUAAAACCAGAAAUAAAAGAGAAAUUGGAGAACCAGUCAGUUGAUUAUGGGAGCGAAGUAGUGUUACAAUGUCAGGUCACCGGAUCACCGAAACCAGAAUUAAGCUGGUCCAUAAAUGAUAAAGAAAUUAAGCAAUCCAAAUUUUUCCGAAUGUCAUACAAUGAUGAUCAAGCCAAGUUGGUAAUUGCCGAGGCAUUCUCCGAGGAUGAAGGGGAAUAUACAUGUACAGCUCAAAAUACAGCCGGAGUGGCAAUAACAUCGUGCAAUCUUACAAUAGAAGAUCGUCCAGGGACACCAGAGAAUACAACAGAUACAAUAGAAGAACCAUUUUCUCCAACUGCUACCCGGCCUAAAAUAUACAACAUAUGUCCAGCUGAGUUUUGUAUACUACGAGGAGGUACCAUUGAGUUUAAAGCCUCAUACACUUCAGUACCACCUGGGACUGUCACAUGGUCUCGUGGAAAACAAGACUUAAAACAAGAUGCAAGGAUGAAAAUUGAGACCACAGAUUGUUUUAGUACAUUAACAAUUGUUGACAUUGAGCCGGAGGAUUCUGGGAGAUUUAACAUUAAAGUGGAAAAUAAACUUGGAUCUGACGAGGCAUUUGCUUCACUAUCUGUUGAAGAAAGUGCCAACACCACAUAUAGAGUAGAGAAAUUACAGGCCCAUACUCCAUACUUUUUUAGAGUGUUUGCCGAGAAUAAACACGGCCUAAGUAAACCAUGUUUGACCCCAGAUGUCACGGUAACCAGUGACAGACGACCUUCAGCAUUAUUGAGGUUACCAAGUACAGAAUCAGAUGAUGUAUUUACGCACGAGAAUUCCGAGUUGUUUACACCAAUGUCUGAGUAUGGUCUUGUUUCACCAUUAUCACCAGCAAAAGCAGAAAAGAAGUUGUCAGAUGAAGUAUCAUUUGAACAUAGAGAAGUGACAGUUCUAGCGGGCCGGGUGUUUGAAAAUUUCUACAACUGUUUACAGGAAGUUGGAAAAGGUAAAUUUGGAAGUGUUUACAAAUGUGAAGAGAAGUCAUCUGGGAAAAUUUGGGCAGCAAAAAUCAUCAAAUGUCGAGAAAAUGAAAAGAAGAAACUACAUCUAGAAGUGGAGAUCAUGAACAAAUUGAAACAUCCAAAGAUUCUCCAGUUAUGGGACGUAUUUGAUGCUCCGAGAAAAAUGAUCCUUGUAAUGGAAUAUAUCGGUGGUGGGGAAUUAUUUGAGCGUGUAAUUGAUGAUGACUUUGAGCUCACUGAACGAGACUGCAUCCAGUUUAUGCGACAGAUAUGUGACGCAGUCCACUACAUGCACGGUCGAAAUAUUCUUCACCUUGACCUUAAACCGGAAAACAUCUUAUGUAUCAAAAAUGAAAGUAACAAAGUCAAAAUCAUCGACUUUGGUUUAGCAAGGUAUUAUAACAAAGGUGAAAGUGUGAGAGUAAUGUUUGGAACACCAGAGUUUAUUGCACCGGAGGUUGUCAACUAUGAUGAAAUAGGAUUUACAACAGAUAUGUGGAGUAUAGGGGUCAUCUGUUACGUUUUAUUAACUGGAUUGUCUCCCUUUAUGGGUGAUUCCGAUGCAGAAACCCUCUCUAAUGUAACACAGGGAGAAUUUGAUUUUGAGGAAGAGGAAUUUGAUAGUGUAUCAAAUGAUGGGAAACAUUUUAUUGAGAGCUUACUUGUUAAACAGAAAAAGAACAGAAUGACCAGCUUGCAAGCCCUUGAACAUGCUUGGCUCGCAAAUGAUGCUGCCCGCUUGAAAAAUCACAGAAUUAAUACAAAAAAUCUUAAGAAAUUCAUGGCCCGCAGAAAAUGGCAGAAAACUGGCAAUGCUAUCCGUGCUUUGGGUCGCAUGAGGAACUCUCUUCAGAAAUUGAUGAAGACGGGUACCAGUACUGGUUCUCCAGGUGCUGAUAGUUUGUCGUCUGCUUCUGGUGUGGGGUCGUCUAGUUCAAAUAGUAGUAUAUCAUCCAUGGGCUCUCAAAAUGCCAUCUCUGAUGUCAUAAAUGCUUCCACUCCAUUAAAGGUCAUCCCUGAUGAAGACAUUGUAACAACCAAUCAAAAUGGUGGAAAAACCGCUGAAUCAUCAUCAAAUUUCAAUCAAAAACAUACAUCCAGUUGGAAUACAACUGAAAUCAAAGAAAAGAAUUCAGAUGUGAAUGGACAUGGCGUGGAUAUAAACUUGAAUUUAACUAAUGAAAAAAGCAAAUCUGCCUUUGUAAGUUGUAACAGUAACAACAGUGAAAAAAGUGUUGAAAAUACAUUGAAUCCUGUGAAUGUGUGCAACGAUUGUCAAACUACUGCUUCAUCCAAUCAAAAUGCAGUAGAGGAUUCUAGGACAAAACAUCUUCCGGUAUUUAAGAAGGAAAUGGUAGACUCUAAAGCAUUUCCGGGAGAUGUCGUUAGGUUUGACGUUGAAUUUAUCGCAGACAAAAAUACAAACGUUUCUUGGUAUUUUGAAGAUGAACUUUUGAUAGAAGAUAUAAACCAUUGUGUUCAACAAUCAGGCAAUGGUGUAUGCUCAUUGAUAAUAAAAAAUGUCUGCGAAGACGAUGACGGUGAAUAUAUGUGUAAGAUCAUGAACAGUUCCGGAGAAGAAACAUGCUCGGCGGAACUUAUUGUUUAUGGCGCAUUGUGAUUGUUUACCAUUCUGAAAUUUGAUUUUUUAAUGUGCCAUGUAAAUGUUUUAAGCUAAAUCUUAUUUGGAAUUCGUUAAUUGAAUCAUACGCUGGUUCAAAUUAACUUGAGUUCAUGAAAUCAUUUUUUUCAAACAUCAUAAGAGAGCGCGAUUGAGAUAACACAUUUUACAUUACUUGGUACAUUCUUGUACCAUUGAUAGGUGUCAUUAGAUCCAGACCGAACUCUAUCAAGGUCUGUUGAUCCACCUGAGCAUUUAUUUUCAACCAAUCAAAGUACCAGUCCAGUAUUUACUGCUGACUGAUUUAUUGUAACCAAUCAAAAAUCAGUCCAGUAUUUUAAAACUGUUGACUGUUACAUUUCAACCAAUCAAAAUUCAGUCCAGUCUUAACUGUUGACUGACUCAUGACAACCAAUCAAAGUGCGACAAACACGACUUGUGACCUUAUAACCUUAGCUCAAUGCCUCUUAGAUAUUAGUCAUUAGUUAAAAAUAAAAUAUGACAACAACAUUAAAGUUUAAAACAACAAAUUACAGAAAUAACAUUUACUGUAUUUAUAUGAUUACAGAAAAACAUUUACUGUUUUUACAUGAAUAUCAUAACUUACUUAUAAUUAUAUUUGAUGAAUUUGUUUUAUUAUCCAUCUUGAAUUAUGGAAGAAAGUUUGAGAUUUUGUUAAGAACUGUAAAGAAGCUUUGUUUAUUGUUAAGGAGUUGAAAGUUUAUUAUAAUUAUAAAACUUUGAUGUUAGUUAUCGUAUAAUAAGUUUGUGAACAGUGUAUGAUUUAUUAUAAAGUUUUAUUUCUCUCUGCGAUGCUUGUAAAAUCCAUUUAUUUCUGUUUGAAUUCUUACUUGACCCUACAUGUUCAUGAUUUUGUAGUUAUAUCCGCAAACCAGACAACCCAAGUUUCAUGUACAUGUAUGCUCGUGAAAAUUCAUUUUUCGUAUUUCGACCCUCGGAUAACCCUGACAAGCAUUUCACAGACAAAUGAAUUCAGCUGAAAAAAAUGUGCAAUUUUUUUUUGUUUAAAAUAUAUAUUUUUCAUGUUUGUAGAUAUUUUUUUAUUUUUUUUUUUAUUUCUUACUGUUAAUUGUUAUUAACUUAUAAAAAUUUAUAUGCAAAAGUAGUUGUAGAUAUUUUCAGAGUCUGUUAUAAGAUUUUUUUACGUAACAAUAGUAUUCUGUAUAUAGUGUAAUGGAAGUAUUUAUUAAUAUAAUUUCUUUUUUUUAUUAAGAUAAAGGAAAGAUUAAAACCAGCAUUGUAUUGUAUUAAAACAAAAUGACAUCAUUUUGUGAUAUAACAUUUUAAGUAUUACAUUGUGAUAAUAUGUUAACUUAUAUUAUGUAGUGAUUUGUAGAUUAACUUUAACAUGAAGUUAUGUUUAUUAACAUAUAAAAUCAGCUGCAUACACUGUCCUUGAACUUUGACCCAAUAAAAUUAGAUAAAAAUA